CUCGUUUUGCAUUCUCCUCAACUGCUCUUCACACGCGGAAAACACUGGACUCUGCUCAAAUACUCUGUAUAGCUACACUACGGAACCUUCCAAUUCCAUGGCUGCUCAGAUUUCUUCUCAGCGUUAAAGCCAGCACCGUUUAUCCUUCUCCACAAAUGACGAUCUCUUCAUGUUCACUUCUCCGGCUUCCAUUCGCCGUCUCCGCCGCUCGUCAGCGCUUCUUCUCCGUCGUCGCCGCCGCCGGCCGGCAUCAAAACCCUAACAAUGUCUCAAGAAAGCUCCAACAGCCGAACAAAAAUCUCCUCAAAGCUCGGGAGACUAUUAGUAAGCAUUUCUCUACUCUAGCACCGAUUCUCUCUCACGAAAACAUGCCUCGCCUCUCUCACGACCAAGCCGUCGGAACCGUCGCUUCUUCACAAGCGAAUUUCAUGCGCGUUAUCGUCCAGUCACUUCCUCCACAAGAAACUUGUACGGAACCUUCUGGAAGGUUCGUGAAGGGUUCAGGGGAAAUAGGAGUGGAGUUGUUGUGUGUGGUGAAGGCAGUGUUGAAGAAGAUAAAGAGGAGAGUAUUGGUAGGGGAUAAGGUAUUGGUAGGUUCGAUUGAUUGGGUGGAUAGACGAGGAGCUAUUGAGAAUGUGUUUCAGAGGAAGACGGAGAUUUUGGAUCCUCCGGUAGCUAAUGUGGAUCAUUUGCUAGUAUUGUUCUCAUUGGAUCAGCCGAAGGUCGAGUCAUUCUCCCUCACUAGGUUCCUUGUUGAAGCUGAAUCCACUGGAAUUCCUCUCACCCUUGCCUUGAAUAAAUCUGAACUUGUUUCUCAAGAGGAAAUAAAAGCAUGGAAAUCUAGGCUUCGUAAUUGGGGUUAUGAACCAAUCUUUUGCAGCAUUGAGUCGAAGCGUGGACUUGAUACACUCCAGUUUAUUAUGAGAGAACAGACAUCCGUCAUUGUCGGUCCAAGUGGCGUGGGAAAAUCCAGCCUGAUCAAUGCUUUGAGAGGCAAUAAGCACAUUCUUGGUGCAGUUGAAGAAGGAAACUGGUUUGAUCCUCUUCUAGGGAGCAGGUGGUAUGAAGAGCAGCGUGUUGGGGAAGUGUCAGUAAGAAGUGGCAGAGGAAAGCAUACAACGAGGCAUGUGUCCUUGCUUCCAUUGUCUGAUGGAGGAUAUCUUGCUGAUACUCCAGGGUUUAACCAGCCUAGUUUGAUUAAAGUGACAAAAAAUUCUCUUGCACAUCAUUUUCCAGAGAUUCGCAAAAUGCUUAAAGAUGGCGAACCUGCAAAGUGUGCAUUCAGCAAUUGCUUGCAUCUUGGUGAACCGGGGUGCCUUGUAAAAGGUGAUUGGGAGAGAUACCCAUACUAUCUUCAAUUGCUUGACGAGAUUAAAAUCAGGGAGGAGUUUCAGUUGAGGACUAUUGGAACUAAACGAGAGGGUGAUGUUAGGUGCAAAGUAGGAGACAAGGGAGUUGUGCAAGCAGAACCACGGCUGGAGCCCAAGAAAUACAGGAGACAAUCUCGUAAAAGUGUGAACCAGUCAUUUCUAGAUGGAUUGGAUGAACUCGAUGAAGAUGACAUGCUGGAGGAUGAUAAUCCUAUUUUAAGAGCAAUGAGGGAAGAAAAUCAAUAGAAAAAAUAAUAAUUUGACACAACUUGGAUAUUUUUAGGAGGCAUGCAUCCAUUACACCUUGAUGCUUCAUGGGUUGUAAAUAGUUCUUUUCUGACUUCUUUUGUUAAGCUGAGAGUGGUCCACGGAUUCCUAAGAUGUUGUAGGAGGCAAAAUGUUCUGGCGGCAUUGUGUCUCAAAUGCGAAAAACACUUCAAAGUUCAAGCAAUGCUGGAAGCUAACACGAGAUAUAGUGCUGUACCGUCUAAUAAGGGAGUUUGCAUCACCUUCUUCUUCUCCUA